UGACGUUCUCUUUAAAAAGAAAACAAUGAGGCGUGAGAUGUGAGAAGUACAUAAUGUGCAACAGUUUACUGGUGAUGAAAUAACAGAUGAAGCCUUUAAAUGAGUUCUUCCCUCCUCGUGCCUGGAUGCGCAGGGAAUAUAGUUUCAUGGUGAAUAUCAUGGGAAGCUUUCACAACCUUCUCAUUGGCUCAGAAGUCAGAGACCCCGUCAUAUAAAGCGAGAGAGUCUCUGAUCUAGCAGCCUUUUCCUGCUGGCAAGCCUUUUGGAUCACACUUCAACUAACCGGGAGAAUCCCUUUUACGCACGGAGCGUUUGGAGCGUUUGGAGCGCUCUUGGAGAGGUUGAGACGAGCGCAGCCGGAGAUCCAUCUUCCAAAAGGAAAAGAGUUGUACAGCCAACAGACUCCACUGUGAGCUGAGGCAUUUGAGUGGGCAUGUGGCUCCUGGAGAAGCUCCGUAGCUCUGUGGAGAGCCAUGGCACCCAUUCCCAGCAACCUCACACUGUAGAGGCCAUUCCUGUCUCUGUUUACGCCAACGUCCUCACUCCAGAAAAGAUCCCGGAUUUCUUCAUCCCCCCCAAACUUAUCUGCUGCCCUCCAGAAGACUCUCCCACCCCGGAGCCCCAGCACUUCUCCACCUUACGACCCUCCGUGUCUGACCACGUCAUCUGCAGCCAGAGCCCCAGAGCUCGGAGCAGCAAGAACCCCUGCAGCCCUCGCCUCUUCUCCCGCCUGGGAGGAGACACACGCAACCUCCAGAAGUCAGCCAACCGUCACAUCAUCCAAAUAGAGAGCGCUGACGAGCCGGGCGGUGCGGGAUCUGUGGACAGGGUCAGUGUCAACACAAACGCUGACCCCCAGUCGCAGACCGCAAUGUCUCUGCCGUACGUCCCCAAGGCUCAGACCUCGUAUGGCUUCUCCACCCUGGUGGAGUCUCCUCACACCCGCCGCAAGGAGAGCUUGUUCCACAGCGACCCCAGCAGCCCUUUAACCUCCCCGAACACCCAGAGGCGCUCCCAAGCGGGGGGGACUCUUCUGGCCCCGGCUGACUCCAACCCCUACCGCUAUUUCAGCGGCGGAGAGAGUGACACCUGCUCCUCUGCAGAGUCAUCCCCCUUUACCUCCCCUCUCCUGUCACGCUCUGCCUCUCUCCUGCGCUCCAUCACCCAGGAGACACAAGCCAAGGUGUCUCGUGCCAAGCGCUCCCUGGCACGCCACAGUUCUCUCUCCACUGAUGAGUGCAGCUCGGCAGACAACAGCCCCAACAUGCAGCGUCGCCGCAUGCGGUGCCCUCCCUCCCCAGCCUUCCGCGGAUGUAAAGGCAGCUCUAGGGGUGCUGCGUCAGACCUCCUGCAGCGUGAGCACACCAUUAACCUCCACAAGGGGGGCACGGUGAGGCUGAGCACUCACUACGAGCCGGAGGCCUCUCGGCUGAGGGUACGCGUGCUCACGGCCGAGGCCCUUUACGACAAGCAGACGGACCCUAAGAGCAUCAACUGCUGCGUGGCGCUUUACCUGAACCCCGGCAAGCAGCAGAAACAGAGGAGCACCAUCAUCAAGAACAGCAGGAACCCAGUUUUCAACGAAGACUUUUUCUUUGACGCGUUGCCCCAGACGCAAGUCAAGAGUCUGGCCAUGAAGAUAAAGGUAGUGAACAAAGGGACUAGUCUGAGGAGAGACGUGCUUCUAGGGGAAAGGGAGGUGCUGCUCAGCGAGCUGCUCGCGGGCCUCUAGGGAGCACCUGUCAAGACUUGGGUGAAAACAAGCAGCUCCACAUCUGGAAGGGGCCCUUUCUUCUCUGGCUGCCUUUUCAUCCCACUGAACAGAUCUGAUAAAUACUGGGCAGGUUGGAAGCAUGCUGAUGACAAGGGAGUUGUAUCUUGCACACUGUGUUACAAAAACACUGAAGCCUCUGUAGAAUUAAAAGUUUAUCAAGUUGCCAUCACUAUCUUCUUUAUAGAGGUCUGUCCAGGUUAAACCACCAUUCUUUACAUGCUUACCAGUAUAUUCGUGAUCAGUGGAGCCGUUGUCCUUGUUUGUGUAUUUCUAUGGAAGUAUUGAGUUACAAAAAGUGUUGCCUUCUCUCAUGAGAACUGUGACGUUGCUCAAUAUCCUAUCAGCUGUGAUGAUCCUGUUACGGUUGGACUGUAGUUUUUGUAAUAAUGUAGUAAUAUUACAUGUGCACGUUCCUGUGGAAUCUAAUAAAGCCUCUGUUUACUUGAAAGAAUUUAUAUUUGGAAAUUAGAUUUUAAUUGGAUGUAAUGUUAAUAUGACUGUUGUUGUGUGACAUGCUUUUUGAACGUAUGAAUAAAAACACUAAACUCUCA